AUGGGACUCACGAAACAGGAGCAUCGGCCACAGCCGCCGUUGCCUUCUGCUAUCCACCGGUCCGCGCACCCGGUGUCCCCGAAGGUCCAGAUGCUGAAGCCGCUGCCUUCACCGUUCUCUGCCGGCAAGCGUUUUGCUCAGAAGGAAUUGUCCCCAAGGGCUCAUCCGCAGGCGCAGCUCGAUCCAUUCAGAUCCAAGUUCAGGGAGACUCUGGCUGCUGCGUUGAGUAUGGAUCCUGACCACCACUCUGGGCAACAAUCUGCUGGAAACGUGUCACCUGUAAUAUCACAACCCAAUCCAAAAAGGGCCAGGAUGUCUGAUGGGGUCAAUGCAUCUCAAACUGGGCCAGAGUCUGACACAGAAACUAUCACUGAUGGGGCAACUGAAGAAAGGAAGGGCAGGAUUCGUAAGGCCCAAAGUUUAGCAGUUACAAUCGAAGAGGAGCUGUUCAAAUUGUUUGGAGAAGUUAACAAGAAAUACAAGGCGAAAAGCAGGUCGCUUGUGUUUAAUCUGAAAAAUAAAAACAAUCCUGCGCUGAUGGAGCGAGUCCUGUCUGGAGACAUACCACCUAAAUGCCUAUGUGCAAUGACUAAAGAAGAGCUUGCUUCGAAGGACCUUUCAGAGUGGCGGAUGGAUCAAACAAGCGUGCAGGAGGAGGUCAAGGAAUCGGACAACAGUGUUCAAGAUGGAGUUGCUGAGACAUGCAACGAUAACACAUCGAGCAAUUUGGAUUAUCCAGCGAAUGAGAAAAGUGACAUGACGGAAGAACCUAUGGUUGAUGACUUGCAGGACACGGAGAAUCUUCCAGAGAUCAUGACACUGGAUGAAUUCUUGGAUCUCUUUUAUUCAGAAACACAUUUUGAAGAUCAGUCCGCUGGAGCCCUGCAAGAUGAUCCUAGUAUUGACAAAGCUGAUAAGGCUUUGAAGUCACAAAGUUCUCCAAUAGCUAAAGACGAUGCUGGUGCAUUAAAAUUCCAAUUUCAUUCUGAUUUACGAUCUCCACAAGACACUUUUGAGUCCAAGCUAGAAUCGCCCGUAAAAAAAUCAGUUUCAAUGUUGGAUCCAGUUGUAGAAUCAAAGGGAGAUGUGAUAUUCGAAUCCCCCCCUGAAAAGGUGGAUGCUGAAAAACCAGAUACUCUAAACGGUUUGAUUCCUGAAUCAGAUAUGCAGUGUAAGAUAAGUCCUGAUGCUGCAUUGAUUCAUGGCAGUAUAUGGGAGGGAGCAAUUAAGCUUAGUUUGACUUCACGGUCACGCACAAAUAUUGUUGCUAUCUUCAAAAGUGGUGAAAAGCUAUCUACAAAUGAGUGGCCCCGCUUGCUUGGGAUCAAUGGAAAAACCAGCCUCAGUGAACUUAAAAAAUAUCUUGAAGAACUUCCUAAAUCCAGGAGACGUGCUAUAACGUGUACAUGUUCACAGUCAGGGCACUGGGAUGCCAUAAAAUUUAAGAUUGGAUGCAACGUAAGCACAGUUUUGAAAGUCUUACUUCAGUCAGCCACUAAUGUCAGUUCAAUAUCCAGACGCAACAGAAUCUAUGCAGUUGAGUGGAUGUAA